AUGAGAAAGCAUACGUCUCCCUAUAGAAAUUAAAAACCAGGAUCCUCUUUGAUAAGAGUACUCUAUAAACCAGAAUAAUAGACGAGGGACAAUUCAAUUGAAAAAAAAGUUAAGAACUUCUCGCCAAUCAGAUUUAUUUUAAAUUCGAGGCACAAUUCCUUUGAAUACGCUACCACGAACGUACCAUAAACCAAAUAAUCAAUUAUUCCCACUUUAAGCAGAAAGCAUUUUCAACUCUAGUAUAUUAUUGGUAUUGGUGGUUUCGGGAGAGUUUGGAAAGUCAUUUACAAAUAAUAAUAUUAUGCCAUGAAGGAAAUGAGUAAAACCUUAGUGAUCUAUAAACGAAGUGUGGCUUCAGUUAUUAACGAAUUACGGUUGUUAGAAAAUCUCAAUCAUUCAUUCAUUGUUAAUGCAGUAGCUGCCUUCUAAGAUAAACAGAACAUCUAUCUAGUAUUGGAUUACUUGUAAGGAGGAGAUUUAAGAUAUCAUCUUGGAAGAAACAGAAGAUUCAAUGAAGAAUAAACAAAGUUCUUUAUUUGUUGUGUCAUUGUGGGGUUGGAAUAUUUACAUUCACAUCGCAUUAUUCACAGAGAUCUCAAACCUGAAAAUUUAGUUCUUGAUUCCAAAGGCUAUGUAAGGAUUACAGACUUGGGAGUAGCAAAGCAAUUAGACACCUUAAAAAUUGAUACCAGUGGAACUCCAGGUUAUAUGGCUCCAGAAGUAAUGUGUGGAUUGGAACAUGGCAUUCCAGCCGAUUAUUAUUCUUUGGGAGUUAUUGCUUAUGAGUUUAUGUUUGGAAAAAGACCGUAUUAUGGCUAAAAUCGAAAGGAAAUUAGAGAUGCUAUUCUAGCUAAGUAAGUCUAAAUAAAACAGAAGCUAGAAGGUUGGUCUUUGGAUGCUAUUGAUUUUAUCAAUAAAUUGAUCUAAAGAAAACCAUCUCAUAGAUUAACAGAUGUAAAAAAUCAUCCAUGGAUUAGAGAUUAUCCUUGGGAUAAAUUAAUUAAUAAAGUUAUUCAAGCACCGUAUGUCCCAUUAAAUAAUGACAAUUUCGAUGUAACCCAAAUUCAAUAUGAAGAUCAAGAAAAUCAACUAAUCAUCAAUCAAACAGGUUUCUUGAUUUCGCAAAAUCAGAAUGCUUUUGAAGACUACUAUUAUGUCAAGGAACAAAGAAGAAGAUCAUCAUUAAAUCGAUCGUUUCUUUUAAAAUGA